AUGGCCUUGGCAUUUUAUGCUCGGGCUAGAUUUAUCAAUAAUCUACUACCAUUGAUCCAACAAGCAUCAAACCUCCGCCGUGUUGUAACCGUCCUCGCUGCAGGCAAGGAGGGUCCAAUCUUCACAAAUGAUUUCCAAGGUCGCAAUAUUCCAUUUAGACACGCUCGAGGACACCAUAUCUCCAUGGUAGACAUGAUGCUGGAGAUAUUUGCACAACGUGCCCCCGAUGUUAGCUUCGUCCAUGACUAUCCAGGGCCUGUCAAGUCAGGAUUUGGACGAGAGACGAACAGCAUGUUGCUCUAUGUGGCAUUAACGAUUUUCAAAAUUGUCGGGCCAUUGUUUUACAUUCGAAGUCAGGAAUCCGGAGAACGUCAUUUAUUCUUUGCCACCAGUGCGCGCUUUCCACCAUUAGAGGGUGGGGAGUGUCAAGGUGUGCCUUUGUCAGAUGGCUCAUAUGUUUCGGGGGGUACGAAUGGUGACACCGGGAGUGGAGUGUAUGCUAUUGGUUGGGAGGGCGAAAGUGCAGGAUCCAAACAAUUGGAAUUAUUGGCGGGAUUGAGAAAGGAAGAUAUGGUGAAUCAGGUUUGGGAUCAUACUGUUGGAGAAUUCAAGCGAGUUACUGGGUUUGAGAGCAUAAAUGAUGAGUAG